ACUCUCACAAACGCCAAGGUAGCGACUAAGAGCUGAUGGAAAACUGAUACCGGAGUACUGAUUUCGGGGGAAAGGUGGCAGCUGGUUCGGGCUGUGUUACACACGGAGUGAAAAUAGCUACCCGUGACAGUGUCCCAGUUCCUCUGUUGCAAGUGGAUUGCUGGAGUACUACCAGUUUAGUUACAUAUGCUCUGUUUCGAAGCCCUUUGUUUUCUUCAUUUAUACAAUACCGCUUCUGACAUAUGUGUAAAUCUUCUGGUUGAUGAAGAUACAUUUACGAGUACUGUCCGUUUAUCAUUUGGUGACAGUAUAUAGCAGUUUGUUUAUAUAGUCUGGACUCGCUUCUUCCCGGUUCUUGCUGACUCCAGUGCGACUUUGUUGUUUAGGGGCUGGGCCUUGCAGGACAGCAGUGACUGGGUACUUUGCUCCUCCCCUCUGUACUCUUUACUCCGCCCCCUCAUUUCUUUCUCCGCGGCGACAGCAGUUUCUCCGGUGAUAUGGCUGAUUCUCAUACCCAGCUCUUACCGAGUCACAGUGCUGCAGUAGCCUUGCUUGGUCCGGGCGGCGGAAGCGGACUCCAUUCUCUCUCACAGCCUGAUGGCGUCAUCCCGGACUCGGCCCACAAACGACAGCAGCAAGAAAUCCCCUCGGCGAUGUCGGGGGGAACGCGGGAGCUCGGGGAUAUCCUGCAGCAGAUCAUGGCGAUUACGGACCAGAGUCUGGACGAAGCACAGGCCAGAAAACAUGCUUUAAACUGCCAUCGCAUGAAGCCGGCUCUGUUCAGUGUUUUAUGCGAAAUCAAAGAGAAAACAGUACUGAGUAUCCGCCAUGCACAGGAGGAGGAUCCUACUGACCCACAGCUCAUGCGACUAGACAACAUGCUCUUGGCAGAAGGAGUCUCAGGCCCAGAGAAGGGCGGGGGCUCAGCAGUUGCAGCGACAGUGGCAGCAGCAGCAGGUGGGUCUCCAAAUGACAACAUUAUUGAGCACUCGGAUUACAAAGCAAAACUGGCACAAAUUCGACAGAUCUACCACGCUGAGCUGGAAAAGUACGAACAGGCAUGCAGUGAGUUUACGACACAUGUGUUGAAUCUUCUUCGUGAGCAGAGUCGUACCAGGCCUGUUUCACCAACAGAAAUUGAGCGCAUGGUGAACAUUAUUCACAAUAAAUUCAGCACCAUCCAGAUGCAGUUGAAACAGAGCACAUGUGAGGCUGUAAUGAUUCUUCGCUCACGAUUCCUUGAUGCAAGACGCAAACGACGUAACUUUGGUAAGCAGGCCACUGAAGUCUUAAACGAGUAUUUUUAUUCUCACCUGAGUAACCCUUAUCCAAGUGAAGAAGCCAAAGAGGAGCUGGCAAAGAAGGGUGGCAUUACAGUAUCACAGGUAUCUAACUGGUUUGGUAACAAGAGGAUAAGGUAUAAGAAAAAUAUAGGCAAAUUCCAAGAGGAAGCCAACAUUUAUGCGGCCAAAACAGCAGUAGAUGCUACAAAUGCAGUGACCCAUGGAAGCCAGUCGAACUCCCCAUCAACACCAAACUCUGGUAGCUUUAACACAAAUGACCAUGGUGAUUUGUUUGUGAACACACAGUCAUUAAAUGGCGAUUCUUACCAGAGUUCUCGAGUGGGAGCCAGUGUGCAGUCACAGGUGAACACCCUCUGUCGUGUUAUACACCAGACAUAUGAUGCUCUUGGGGGAAAUGCUUUGUAUGCACCAAGACGCAUGGCUGCUAAUGGAAGCUGGCAAGAUAUUGAUACUCCGUCAUCUGUAACUUCACCACGUGGUGGCCCAGGAAGUGUUCACUCUGACACCUCCAGUUAAGAAGCUGCCAGCAUCUUGCUAGCAUCCAGCAAGUCAGUUGCAUUUUUGAAAAGGAUGGUCAUUAAAAGAUGUGGAAAGUUUUCGGGAUUACAGUUGCUCACCACCGUUAUCCCUCCUAUAACUUGAUUAAUUAAAUUCAGUAACAUUUUCAUGUGACUCGAAUGUAGCCAGUUACCUCAAGAGCAAACCCUGUAAACCAAUAGAUAAUGAUUUAGUCGGCACUCUUUUGCCUGCUACCUCUCAGCCAAAUAUGAACAACAUAUUUUGUACUUUUUAAUCCUACUUUGUUUUACAAGCUCAUCAAAGAUACUGUAAACCUUUUAAACAUUUUUGAUGGUUUAUUACUAUACUUGUAUGAUGUCAACAUAUAAAAUUUUGCAGAUGCUUGCUUCUGAUAUUUUAAGUGUAAAUAUCAGCACUGAAAAGGACAAAUCUGUUUUUA